AUAAUAAUAAUAAUAAUAAUAAUGCUCCUGUUCCUGUUGGUGCUGAAGGUAAUCAAGAACAGCAGCAACAAGAAGGCAGAGAAUCAUCAGGUAGUCAAGGUACUACUGCCGAGGCUUCUUCUUCUCCUACUCUUACUCCAGCUAGACCAACUACCGCCUUGGAUGUUUGGAAAAGAGGCCUCUAUGCAUUCGCUGCUUCCUUAUGGCCAACAUACGGUGUAGAUCCUCGGAUUGCUCAAGCUUUUGAAAAUAACAAUAAUGAUCAAGCAGAAGCAUAAGUUGUAAAUAAUAAUAAAAAUAUGUGUGUGGAAUUAUUUUAUGUAUGAAUUGCACUAGAUCAUGUAGAUAAGUUGUUUCAUCUCUGGGAGUUGUGUCAUAAUUUGACUAGAUUAGGAAGGACUUUUUUUUUUUCUACUGUUGGAGGAAAGGUAACACAAUAUGUGCUGUGUAUAUUUUUGCUUUUUUCGUCAUUUUUUUUUUCUUUUUUUAAGCUUUGUUGAUCAAAUGAGUCGAUAUUUAGAAAAGUUGCCUUAUUUUAUAUCACAUUUUCUUGGCUAUAGAAAACCAGACUAUAAGCCAAAGAUUCUUCCUGCUUGGCGAAUUUAUCUUUGGUCAUUUUUAGCUGCUUGGUUAGGUAUUGCAGUUUUGGAAAUCGUUUUUACAUAUGGUCCUUCAUUUCAAGCACAUCAAACACCAAUGAUUAUUGCUUCAUUCGGCGCAAGUGCUGUAUUAAUCUAUGGCGCGAUCGAUUCCCCAUUAGCACAGCCUCGUAAUAUUAUCUGUGGCCAAAUUAUAGGUGCAGUAGCAGGCGUCAUUAUCUCUCAAUUAUUCUUGGGCAUUCAACAUACCUGGGCUUCUGAAGGGCAACACAUUGCUGUCCAAUGGGUUGGUGGCUCAACAGCCAUGGCCUUGUCUUUGAUUCUGAUGCAAAUAACAAAGACAGUGCAUCCUCCAGGAGGUGCUACAGCACUUAUUGCUGUCACAACCCUCAAUGUGUUUGAGAUCAAAUGGUUCUAUAUAGGUGUAGUUGCACUAUCUGCUGUUUUGCAAGUAGUCAUUGCUUGCUUGAUAAAUAAUAUUGAGAGAAAAUACCCUCUAUAUUGGUGGACACCUGUUCAAUUACCUUUAAAAAUUGAUCCUACCACUUUAUCAACUGUUAUGUCGACUCAUGGCACACAUAAGGAUGAAGAUGUCGUUAUUGAUAACUUGACAGGAGCUGAAGAAGGAAGGUUACAUUAUGCAGAAGAUAAUGAUAACGAUAACGAUAUUAUAAGAGGAAUAGCAGUAACAGCAACAAGGUCUUCCUCAGCCACAGCGUUGGAUCAUCAUGCUGUAUCGAAAGCGAUUGCUACUCUACAAGAUCAUGCAUCUAUAGAAAGAAAAGAUCAUUGUCAAUAUAUCUUACUAGCUGCUGGAGAGCCAUUAAUAACAAGUCGUCAUGUGAAUCUAUCAGGAAACGAAAAGGCUUUAUUAGAAGCCUUGUUAAACAAAUUACACUAAUAAGCUUGUUCUAGACACAUAUGUAAACAAAUACAAAGUAAUUUUAUUUCAAAA